GCGGGUUCUUUUCCCGAGGGCGUCAUGGCGGAGGCGGCUCUGGAGGCAGUGCGGAGGGUGUUGCAAGAGUUCCCGGCGGAGGCUCGCGACCUCAACGUACCUUGUGUUGUGCCCUACCUGGAUGACCCUCCAACCCCACUCUGCUUCUACCGGGAUUGGGUAUGCCCCAACAGGCCCUGCAUUAUCCGAAAUGCUCUGCAGCACUGGCCAGCCCUCCACAAGUGGUCCCCCUCCUACUUAAGAGCCAUGGUGGGUUCCACGGAGGUGAGUGUGGCUGUGACUCCAGAUGGCUAUGCGGAUGCUGUGCGAGGGGACCGCUUUGUGAUGCCUGCUGAAUGCCGCCUGCCCAUAAGCCAUGUACUGGAUGUGUUGGAGGGUCAGGCCCAGCACCCAGGAGUUCUCUAUGUGCAGAAACAGUGUUCCAACCUGCCCACUGAGCUGCCCCAGCUUCUGUCUGACAUUGAGUCCCAUGUGCCCUGGGCCUCUGAGUCACUGGGAAAGAUGCCUGAUGCUGUGAACUUCUGGAUGGGUGACGCAGCUGCAGUGACAUCCUUGCACAAGGACCAUUAUGAGAAUCUGUACUGUGUAGUCUCUGGCGAGAAACACUUCCUGUUACAUCCACCCAGCGACCGGCCCUUCAUCCCUUACAAUCUCUACACACCAGCAUCCUACCAGCUGACCGAAGAGGGCACUUUUAGGGUGGUGGACGAAGAAGCCAUGGAGAAGGUACCCUGGAUCCCGCUGGACCCCUUGGCUCCAGACCUGGCCCGGUACCCCAGUUACAGCCAGGCACGGGCCCUGCACUGCACGGUACGGGCUGGCGAGCUGCUGUAUCUGCCAUCUCUGUGGUUCCACCACGUCCAGCAGUCCCAUGGCUGUAUUGCUGUGAAUUUCUGGUAUGACAUGGAGUAUGACCUCAAGUACAGUUACUUUCAACUGAUGGAAUCCCUCACUAGAGCCACAGGCCUUGACUGAUGAGACCCUCACAGACACUGCAAAGGACAGUGGGGAUUGAGUGGGUAUUUGAUUCUAAGAGGCAGCCUGGAGUUUGAAUAUGUCCUGGUUUCUACUCAUCUUCCUGCCUGUGUUGCAAUCAGGCAUUGAAGGAACUUGGAAUAUAGUUGGAGGACCAGGAAAUGCCAGGCAGAUCUGGGUGAACGUGCUCAGGAAGUCGCCACACAGGUGACAAGCAUGGAUCAGGUACAGCAGUGCCUCUUACCAGUGCUGUGACCUUGGGUGAGUCACUGCAUGUUAGCAUCAGUCCCUUGCCUGUAAACUAGAGAUAAUAAUGGCUCUGGCUCCCAGAGCUGUGGGAAUAGCCAUGGGCCAACGUAGAGGAAGCAGUCAAUAAAAGUUGACACUGA